AUGAAGAACUUUAAGACGCAGAAGAGGGCCCACGCGAGUCUCGAUCUCAACAUCCUCGAUGGCAGGUUGCUGUGCGACGAGGUCGCACUCGAGAUCGCCAUUGGCGUCCUCGAGACACACCUCGAUAACAGAGCAGCUGACAUCGAAGUGCUCGUCGAGGAUCUGUUUCCCUCCCAACACCUGCUGGAGUUUUCAUUAUCUGUCAUCUGCGAUGCUACAUUCAUCGCUGUUUCUCAACGUCUCUUGGACAAUUUCCCCAAGGACCCUCGAAUCUUCUCGUCUUCAUUGGCAUGCAAACUGAUUGAGCGCUUCUCUCUUUACCACUACUUCCUGUCCUAUCCGCCAUCCGAAGAACCACUAGACCUACGCGAACGUCGUCAAUCGGCUCAACUCUCUACGCGAGCUUUGGAGGCCCUUCUGACAUCGUCACUGUUCGCAGACGAUCUCGGGGCUUCCGGCUCAAAACCUUCUAAGCGUAAGAAGGCGAGUGGGACUUCGGCUCGACCAGGCGGUGUCUCUUUGGAAUCCAAGCCAUUCCAUGACCUUCGCAUGGAUGUACCGCACUCCAGACGUGAAGCCGAGGGGUUGGCCGAUCACAUAAUGAGGAAUUUGAAGGAAGUAUUGCAGUACUACUUGAAUGUAUUUCGCUAUCCUCAACUACGCAAUAUCUUCAAGGGCACAUACAUCCCUGAGCAUGCGCCCUCGGACGAUGUGGUGGUGGUCUCUCCAAAGUGCCACGCCUCCCACGGCCCAGCUUCGGUGUCUCAGGAGGUAUCGAAACCGACAGUUGACAAUGGUUCAGAAAUAUUCCCAACGAUGCAGCACGCGCAAAUGACGCUGGAUGCAGACAACGCCGAUGGUUUUGGUGGGUGGCGUGUGCUUAUAUCAAAGCCAGCAGCGAGCGAUCUACGCCAAAAAUUCAAGAAGGAUCCCGAACUGUUCAGGAUCAUCAUGAAGAAGAUUAGAGAAUUAUCAAACGGUCCCAGUUUCUGGACGCAAGACAACCAUAAGCGCAUGAAUGUGAGGAAUGAGUUUGACGUACCGAUCUAUGCGGCGAAGCUAGCCCGGGAUUCCCGCUUGAUAUAUCAAAUUGACUGUGUACCAGACUUUCAGCGAAAUGUUGAUACUCAGGUUUUGAAGAUUUUCGGCAUUUUUACUCAUGCGCAAAUGGGAGAACAUCUCUGGGACAGCGUCGGACAUUCACUAAGUGGGAAGGGGCGCGAAUAUAAGCGACGUUGUGUGUUUCGAAACCAGUCGGUGAACAGCGUCGUUCUUCCAGCUUGUUUCCCUCCAUUGUCUGUUUCCGAGUCUCAGCAGCGUUCUUCAAGCUUGCCUACAUUACACAAAGAAGAUCUUGGCAAGCUACAUGAAUUGCUGGUAUUGGACAAGUACUAUCCGUUUUCGAAGGCUCUCCUGAAUAGUAUACUCGGCGAUCUCGAGCUUUCGCUCGUAUUCCAGGUCUCAACUGAGGAACAACGCAUUGUCGAACAUCAGGACUCUUGUUAUGUUAUCGGAAGGAGCGGAACUGGUAAAACGACAACAAUGCUGUUCAAGAUGCUCCGCAUUGAGCGUCUGUGGCAUCUAGACGGAGAUCGUUUACCGAAACCACGCCAACUCUUUGUCACGAAGUCGAGAGUGCUUGCCGAGAAGGUACAGCAACACUUCGGGCAGCUCAUUGAAGCACAUGGUGCAGCAGAUCUGUCUUUACAAGCGCUCUCUGCGAUGAAAACCAAGAUGAAUAUUUUGCCUAGUGGUCUAUAUGAUGCGGACGAGAUGGCUGAUUUGGGAAGUUAUCUGCCUAAGCGAUGGACUGCGCUCAGGGAUGAGCACUUCCCGAUGUUUAUCACAUAUGAUGAGCUGGCACGACUGCUUGAGAACGACAUGACCACAUCAGGCAUAACCCAGAGCACAGCUCUUGCUCGGCAACGGCGCUCGUUUGUGACUUACGAUAGGUUCAGGAUGGCAUACUGGCCACACUUCCCUCAACCAUUGACUAAGGGUCUAGAUGCCACUUUGGUGUUCGCAGAGUUCAUGGGGGUCAUCAAAGGAUCCGAGGAAGCUUUGGCGAGUUCCGCCAAAUACCUAGACAAGGACAAUUACCAAAAGCUAAAAAACCGCCGGUCUCAUGCGAUUGUGGCGAAUCAAGCGGAUGUAAUUUAUCAACUCUUCCUGAUCUAUUCCAGAAUGAAACGUGAACGAGGAGAAUAUGACGUUGCUGAUAGAACACAUAGGAUUUGGGAUGGUCUACGUGACGAUGGGGUUCCCGGCCGACAGGUUAGCUUCCUAUAUGUCGAUGAGGUUCAGGACAAUUUGCUCAUUGAUCUACUUGUUCUACGAAUGUUGUGCGGGAAUUCGAGUGGCUUGUUCUGGGCUGGAGACACUGCUCAGACGAUAUCCGUAGGCAGCGCAUUCAAGUUCAAUGAUUUGAGGGCAUUCAUGCACAGAGUUGAGACUACCGUGAUUUCGUCUUCUAGACCUCGGGCUGAACCUGAGUUUUUCCAACUCUGUGUAAACUAUCGCUCUCACGCAGGAAUAGUCAAUUGCGCGCAAUCUGUCAUUGAGUUGUUGAUGCUGUUCUGGCCCAACUCCAUUGAUUCUCUUACACAAGAGAAAGCUUUGAUAGAUGGACCGAAGCCGAUGUUUUUCAACGGUCGGGACGAGAACAGCGUUCAGUAUGAGCAGUUCUUGUUUGGCGAUAGUGGAAGUGGCAAUUCUGUUGAAUUUGGCGCAAAACAAUGUAUAUUGGUCCGGGAUGAUGCGGCUCGUGAGCGUCUGCGGGCCAGGGUUGGGGAAGUCGGAACAAUAUUCACACUGUAUGAGAGCAAAGGGCAAGAAUUCGACGACGUCCUAUUGUACAACUUCUUUGAAGACUCGACGGUUGAUUCCGCCAAAUUCCGCGUCGUCCUAAAUGCCUUGCCACAACAAUAUUCACAACAAUAUUCUACCCCAGCUCCUUUGUUUGACGAUAUCGGGCAUAGUUCGAUCUGCCACGAAUUGAAGUGCCUCUAUGUUGCCAUCACUAGAGCGCGAAAAACUCUAUGGAUUGCCGAUAAUCCUGACAAGUUUGAUCCAAUGCGGAUAUUUUGGACUUCACGAGAUCAGAUAGACGUCUGGAUACCUGGUUCAAAGGUCCCACGGCUCGCCACAUCUUCAACAUCAGAGGAAUGGGCGCAUGCCGCCCGUACUCACUUUGAAAAUAAACACUACACACAGGCCAUGCAUGCAUACGACAAGGCAUCGAUGGCAGGAGAGAAGGCCGUUGCUGAAGCCUUCUACUUACGCGAGAAAGCCAGAAAUACAUUGGAUGUCGGCGGGACUGCUAGGUCCAUUGCGUUUGGUGAUGCUGCCGAAGCUUUCCGAGUGCGUGCAGAAAUAGCCACUGCCAGAGAGAGGAAGGCAUAUUUCCGUAUUGCCGCGCAAUGUUAUGGGGAAAGUGGGAAACCGAGACCAGCAGCGCAGUGCUACAUCCAUGCAGAUGACUACGCUGAGGCUGCCCUGUCUCUCAGGGAUGCAGAGUUGUUUGACGAAGCAGUCCAGAUCAUCCAGAGUCAUAGGAUUCAUGUGGAAGAAGCUGACGCAGAUCUUGUGAUUUCCUCUGCAAUAUCUUAUUACUUCAAGAAAUCAGAAGCGAGGAAAGCUAUCCCUUUAUUUUCUUCACCUGACAAGGCACUUGCCUACAUGGAAGAAUGUGAUCUCGAUGUUGAACGAGUCAAGUAUCUUGAACGACUUAAUCGAUUCUCAGAUGCUGCAGACCUCCACCUCGCCAAAGGUCUCCCACUGAAGGCAAUUCAGCUCUACCUGAAGUGUCCCCAGGAUAUGCGAUCAGUCCGACGAGCAGAACAGUGUCUCUUAGGACAACUUUGGCUGCAUCUUUCAUUUGGGGUCAAGCCGACCACUGAAAAAAAGAUCUUCCGGGACUUGGCAGAUUUCACCACUCAAUUUUCAGGCCUAUCCAAUGCCACUCCGAAUAGUCAAAGACUGAUUAGUAUGUUUAGGGCAGCCCUUACAGACGAUCUUAAACAACUACACCUACUCUAUCCUACGCUGCUCAGCGGAGAUAUUGCUGCCAGACUGCUCUGUUUGGACCACAUUUUCAUGGGCACGGCUUGUUUCAAGAAAUCGGACCAAGCUGAGGCUGCUACUAUCCUUGAAAACUUUCGCUUGUACCUCAACUUGAUGGCGAAGGUCGCCGAAGGCCAAUAUAGUGGCAUUGAUCCUGCCCUGCGACAACUGUUCGGAAUACAAUAUUCAAUACCAAAUGGCUAUGUGUUGUCGGCUGGGACUUUCCUGCAUCGGAUGGCUGCGGUAUUUGGCUCACACUCCGUCAAAGCCGAGCGCACUCGCCACCCCAAGAAAUCGAUAUCACUAUCAAUCGCCGAACUGGUGCUGCUUAUCCGACAUUCUCUACAAGACCGUCUGCGGAGUAGAAUAACGCAGGAAGAUGGAGUUUUCCGUCAGACAUACAUCUUCGCCCCAUGCUUGUCCUUCGCGAUUUUUGGGUGUUGUAAUGAUGGACCAGCAACAUGCCUUCGAGACCACUCAAUUGCUGAUUCACUCGACAGUAGUUCAUAUCACACACGGAUUGGAAUUUUACUGUCUCGGAUCGUCAUCUACGAGAGGUUUCAUUGGGUAUUCUCCGAUGACAAAUUCGGGUAUCAAAUGAUGCAAAGAAGUAUUCUCGAGGACUUGUAUCAUGCAGUAAUACCCUCAAUGUUGGUCUGCACAUCCGUUCCAGCGCUGACUGCAGACUGUAUUCCUGCGUUCGACGAAGGGAUACAGGUUGUCAAACGAUGGAUUCAAAGCCUCAUUUGCGAUCGGCAAAGUCUACUGCGCUCGAACUUGUGGCUCACCACUGCAGAGCUUAUGACAUUAGAAUUCUUCCUCAGCCGGAUCCAAGUCAAAAGAGACAUUGAAAUUGCGACUAUCUUCAGAAAUUGCAGUCUCAUCCAUUUACUCCGUGGAUGGGAAGACGAUCGGCGCGAUACAGUGCGAGAUCUCCUAUGGGCACUGAAGGCACUUGGAUCAUCAGGGACAUCAUUUGGUGUUCUUUAUGCUGUGCACAUUCUAGAUCAUAAGCUUCCCGCUGAUCUGAAUGUCUUGUGCGAUUUGCUUGAAUACCUAUGCGGUUCCUUUGUCCUGUUGGAUCGCACCCAAUCUGUCCACCAACUUCAUGAUAUUACCCUUCCUCGGAGGUGGCUGUUGAAUUUCGAAAGAUGGAAUCUCGAACGUGUCGACUACGAUGAUUGUGAAUUCUUGGCGAUCUUUCUUCGACCGAUGUCCGCGUUGUUGGGAGGCCUUUACACGGGGCAGGACAUAGAUUAUCUCAGCUUGGAUGGUUCAAAAAUCGACAGCGACCAGGGUAGUCGUUUCAUAUUGCGCAUCUGCAGAAUGCUUGCUCUCCUGGGGUACAACUCUCAGAAUGAAGAAUUCAAAUGGGAUGUCCUCUCAGUGUUGAAAUCACUACGAAGUACCAACUUUCAAUCUAAACUGCCUUACAGCAGUUACAUCAAUGUUUCUGGCUGGGAUGAUGUGGUGGACGCUCUACAACCAACCUUUCCUGAGACCUGCAUGGAUCAGCUACUUCACUUGAGCAAGAGAGACAUGACCAAGGGUGUCAUCCAUGGAAAACGACUCAAAGGGAUCCACAGAGUGACAUUUUGGCACUCAGAGCAGAUUCUGCCGUCAGUGGCUGCCGAUUUGGAAUUCUCGGCGAGAGCGACGAGGACCGCGAGGACCAACCCGAUCGUCGAGCCGCCUGCCUCGCCUGUAAUAGCUAUUCAUAAGAGUAUCACAGUGGGGCCUGCACCUAGACAAGAUCUUAUAGAGAUGGCCGAAGACCAGAUUGAAGACCGCGAUGACGUUCACUCCACUGCCAGCGAUCUCGAAGAACCCGCCGACGACGAGGCAAUGAGCAUUGCUGUUUCUGAGGAGAAGAUCGCUGCUGCAAGCUACUUCGCUCGAACGUACAGGCGUAUUCUUAAUCGUCGACGGAAUGAAACAGAAACACAGGUCUCCCGCCUCUUCUCAGCCUGUCUUCUGGAGAACCAGGCCGAGAGCUCCAACGUGAGGGGUGGGCGGUACCGUCUGUUUUUCCUGGGCCCACUGCCACACAUAUUGUUGUCGCUGCAAGGUAUAUUGACUCAUGCGGAAUCCUCAAAGAAGGUGGCGAAGGCACAUUUCACAAGUGCCGUGGGCAUGGAACAAGAUAGGUGGAAGGUGCAGCUCACCAAGGAUACGUCACUUAUUAGGGACGCGAAGCGCUUGCAGAAGAUCCUCGAGCCAAGCUCCAACUUACAUAUAAAAGGGGAUUUGUGUGAGCUGAAAUCCCAAUUUAUGGAGGUGGCAGAGCUGGGAUCAAAAUACGAUAUACCGCGGGAGGUCGCAAAGCGGUGGGAGGAGGAUCUACGCCUGGCGGUCAUGGUUUUUGCGGCACAUACUUAG